CCCGGGAAGACUUUCCGUUUGUUCUACAAUUCAAGCAAGCCCACUUCACGCAACCAGGUAGGAGUGGAGAUCGAAAUGGCGGUGCCAGCUGAAAGGAUGGAGGUUUCUCAGGGGGAGAGCUCAGUCAAGCCUGCAGCUGAGGAUAUGACAUCAAAGGACUACUACUUUGACUCAUAUGCCCACUUUGGCAUCCAUGAGGAGAUGCUGAAAGAUGAAGUUCGCACCCUCACAUACCGAAAUUCCAUGUUCCACAACAAGCAUCUCUUUAAAGACAAGGUGGUGCUGGAUGUGGGAAGUGGGACUGGCAUUCUCUGCAUGUUUGCGGCCAAAGCCGGAGCUAAGAAAGUCAUAGGGAUUGAGUGCAGCAGUAUUUCAGACUACGCUGUGAAAAUUGUCAAGGCCAACAAACUUGAUGAUGUUGUGACCAUCAUCAAGGGAAAGGUGGAGGAAGUGGAGCUGCCAGUGGAAGGUGUGGAUAUCAUCAUAUCUGAGUGGAUGGGUUACUGCCUCUUCUACGAGUCCAUGCUCAAUACAGUCAUUUAUGCAAGGGACAAAUGGCUGAAACCAGAUGGACUCAUCUUCCCAGACAGGGCAACCCUUUACGUCACUGCCAUUGAAGACAGACAGUAUAAGGACUACAAAAUCCACUGGUGGGAGAAUGUCUACGGCUUUGACAUGUCAUGCAUCAAAGAAGUGGCGAUCAAGGAGCCCCUUGUUGAUGUAGUGGACCCCAAACAACUGGUCAGCAGUGCCUGUCUCAUCAAGGAGGUGGACAUCUACACAGUGAAGGCAGAGGACCUGACCUUCACGGCGCCGUUCUGCCUGCAGGUGAAGAGGAAUGACUACAUCCACGCCCUCGUCACGUACUUCAACAUUGAGUUCACUCGCUGUCACAAGAGGACCGGCUUCUCCACAAGCCCAGAGUCUCCCUACACCCACUGGAAGCAGACGGUCUUCUACUUGGAUGAUUAUCUGACUGUGAAGACCGGCGAGGAGAUUUUUGGCACCAUCAGCAUGAAGCCAAACGUCAAGAACAACAGAGAUCUGGACUUCACCAUCGACAUCGACUUCAAGGGUCAGCUGUGUGAGAUGUCCAAGACGUCAGAGUACAGAAUGCGUUAGGAAGGUGUCCUGUGUUUGAAUUUGUCUUUAGUUGAGGGCAGAUCAUCCAGUUUGAGUGGAAGCUUGAUGCUCUCCUGCAGAAACAUUUUAAAGACUGUCUCUUUUUUUUUUUGCCAUUUUUCUUGUUCAGAUGUCAACAGUAUUUAAAGAUUCCUUCCUUUUGGGUCAAAGUGAAUUGGCGUGGUGAAUAAGUGUACAGUAGUCACUCAGCAAAAUGUGUUUGUUCGACAUGUGCCUUGUGUAUAUGUAGCGUCUUCUUCGGUUCUUAUUCUUUGCAUGUGCAAGUUCCAUGCACACCCACGAAGGCCCUGCUGACAUGUAGUAUUAUUGUUCAGUCACUUUGACCCUCUGUACGGUCAGGACAUGUCUACACCACCUGUUAAUUCUGUUAAAUCUAUAGGUAUGUCUCGAGGAUUCUGUAGAGACCCAGGACCUACCACUUCCUCAUCUUUAUUUAAUAGAAACCAUCUUGUAACUGACAAGUGUCGCAACACAUGUUCCCUAAAAUCCCGUUAAGGCCCUUAUCCGACCAAAUAUAGCCAUGUAAAGGAGUACAGACCAGGAAAUUCAGUUUGAAGUUGAGCACUGCUGCUAGGUAAACUAAGCUUUUUUUCUGUGUGGGGUGGUUGUAUGAUUUACCUUGGAGUGAUAAUGCCGGUGUCAGUUUAAAAUCUCUGUAAUAGUCGGUUUUUAGCUAUGGAUCACAAAUGUUUGCCCUGUUACUCAAGAGGAGCACUGCCCAUGGACAGAUCUGGGCAGGCCCUUAAAAUGUUACGAGAACCCAGUGCUCUAAAAAUUCACGGUUAACAUACUUUUACCGGCCUGUUUUGUAUACAUCUAGGCAGGUUGAAGCAUUUGUGAUUUCACACUUAUCUUGCACCUUCUGUCACACCAUAUUUAUCUUUGAUCUUUAAGUCAUAAUUUGUAGAAAACAACUCUUGUAUAUCUUUGUGUCAGUAGUGUUUGUAGACCCUAGGACAAAGACGGCCUAACAGGAACAGACUCUGGUUCCUCACCCUAGUUACAGCCCCGUCUGGUUAUUGUGACCAAACUGUAAUCAUUGUUAUAGUGUCUGAGACUGCUUUAGUCAGCCUGAACAAUAUUAAACCUAUUGGCACACUGCAGAAACAGCCCUUACUCACCACAGUUUGAUUUCUUUUUCUUAUGUAUUUUGUUUUUGUCGGCUGCUUUUUUAAAUAAAUUUUUUUCUUGCAAUGGCA